AUAAUUUUCCGCGUUUCGAAGUAUAGAGGAAAAUUAUUGUACUAACGGUUCUUUCAAUAUAUGUAUGGACACGUGAUAUUAAUUGUAGUAUCACGUGAAUGGUCAUUUUGGCGGGUUUAUUUCCCUAUCAGACCAUUCUCUCGCCAACUUCGAACUGGUCAAGAUGGACACCGAUUUAGACGAUUCAAUUAAGGCAGUUAUUCUACGCGAGGUGAAAAAUGCAGUUUCUUCUUCACAGCAAGAUCUUCUAAACAGCAUAACUACAGUGAUGGAUAGUAGGCUUUCAUCUUUCCAAUCAAAUCUGCAACAUUCACAGCAGGAGAUUUCCCAAACUCAGAUAGCCAAGCUUGAAGAAACCAUGACUGACAAUUAUAGUUUCCAGCGUAAAGGAAAUGAAAACCAGUAUCGUCAUGAAGUGAAAGUGCUAACCAAGCUGAAAGAAGCUAAAGCCAGCCUGGAAGCUCCAGAGUUAGGAAUUGAGUCAGUGCAGACAGCGAAGAUGAAGAUUGUUGAAGGUAUUGACUUAGUGCGUGAAAGGCAAAAACUCAUAAAACUUGCCGACUCUUCCCAGCUUGGAUGGAAAGUCGUCAGCGAGUACGUAGCUAAUCCCAUCGCUGACGACUCGGAAGACGAAAAGAAAAUGAUGAGGGCUCAAUCUAGAGCAGAAAGAAAGAGUAAGGCGGAAAAAGUUAAGAAAGGAAAACCAAGACCAACACCUUAUAGCAGGAAUUCAGAGAAAGAAACCAAAUCUGUUAAGCCUGGAAGAUGUUUCAAGUGUGGAAAUAAGGGUCAUUGGGUAGACGAAUGUCCAGACAUGAAAAAUAAGAUAAGUAAUUCUUAUUCACAAAUUUUAGUUUUUGAUAAUAUUAAUGAUAUUAAUGUAAUACAAGGCCGCUUUGCGCCUUUAGUCAGUGAUUCAAGCAAUAAGUCUGUAACUACAAAAGUAAAUACUGUUAAAAAUACUCACACGGUGAUGUGUAUUGAUACGAAUACAACCGUUCAGCAUGAAUGCGUCUCGCCAGUUGGUAGACUCAAGGUCAAUUUAGGUCAAUGGAAAUUGAUUACAGAAAACAAACACAUUAUUGAUGUUAUUGAAAACGGUUAUAAAAUACCAUUCAAAACUGAGCCUCAACACGCUGUAAUUAAAAACAACAGAUCGUCAUUAAACAAUAAGAAAUUUGUUCAAGAUGAGAUCACCAAUCUUUUACAGAAAAGAUGUAUUUCUGAGGUACAAAAUGUUCCGCAGGUAGUUAAUCCUUUAACGGUUGCAUACAACAAAUCGAGCAAACCCAGACUUGUACUAGAUUGUAGACACAUAAACAUACAUUUGUUCAAAUUCAGAUUUAAGUAUGAAGAUACAAAAGUAGCCCGAGAUAUGUUUCAGAAGGAUGAUUUUCUGUUUUCCUUUGAUCUUAAAUCGGCUUAUCACCAUAUUGAGAUUUGUCAAUUACAUAGAAGUUUUUUAGGAUUUUCAUGGGAUUUUGAAGGCAAAGUUAGAUACUUUGUUUUUAAUGUACUGCCAUUUGGUUUAGCUACUGCUGGGUACAUUUUUUCAAAAGUACUACGAGAAUUAGUCAAACAUUUGAGAUCUGAAGGCAAAAGAAUCAUCAUGUUUCUAGAUGAUGGUUUAGGUGGUGAUCGAGAUUUGAGCUCGUGUCUUAAAACCAGUCAAGAGGUAAAACAAAAAUUGGAAGUUCUUGGAUUCUUGAUUGCACAUGAAAAAUGUAGUUGGUUUCCUUCACAGUACGUGAAAUGGUUAGGUUAUAUUUGGGACACAAAAAUAGGAAAAAUUUGUGUUAGUGAUGAGAGAAUUGACAAAGCAGAAAAAGCUGCGAGUCGUAUUUUAAGCGAGAUUGGAAAAGGAGUACUUUUGUUCAGUGCUCGAACCUUGGCUAGUAUUAUCGGUCAGCUGAUUUCUAUGCAAAUCGUUUUGGGUGAUAUCGUUAGACGGAACACAAGAUUUUUAUAUGAUUGUGUUCAAGCGCGUGCUAGUUGGAACGCACCUGUUAGAAUAACAGUAGAAGCUAUUGAUGAGCUUGGUUUUUGGAAAAACUCUUGUAGAACACUUAAUCUUGUAGGUGUUGAUAUUUGUUCAGUUAAUUUAACUGACAUGUAUGAUAUUGAGUUAUUUUGUGAUGCCUCAGAUGUAGGCUUUGGUGGAUAUUUUUCCACAGUUUUGGAUUUUCAGAGUGAAAAUCAUGAGAUUUAUGGAAAUUGGUUCGCAGGUGAACAAUUUGAAAGUUCUACCUGGCGAGAAUUAGAGACGGUUAGGAGAAUUUUGAACUCAUAUGAUUCAUUUCUUGAAAAUAAGACAGUUAAAGUAAAUUCAGAUAAUAAGAAUGUGACACAUAUAUUGAAUGUUGGUAGCAAAAAAUUCAAAUUACAGAAGGUUGUAACAGAUAUUCUCAAUUCUUGCUCAAAGAAGAAUAUAGGUUUACAAACAAAUUGGGUACCGAGAACUGAGAAUAAACAUGCUGAUUUUUUAAGUAGACAUACGGAUCCUGAUGAUUGGAGCAUCGAAAAGAACGUUUUCAAUGAUCUGAGUUGUACAUUUGGUCCUUUUACUGUUGACAGAUUUUCUACUCAUUACAACGCACAAAGCUCUCGUUUUAAUUCGAGAAUUUGGUGCCCAGGUACUGAGGCAAUAAACGCAUUUGGUCAGUUCUGGGGAGGUGAUACUAAUUGGUUAGUGCCACCUCCAUCUUUAGUUGCCAUGACUAUAAACAAGAUUAUUAAGGACAAGGCUAAAUGCAUGUUGGUUAUUCCUGAAUGGAAAUCUGAUCCUUAUUGGCCACUUUUAUAUAAAGACGGCGGAUUUAGAGAUUUUAUAAAGGAGGUUAUUUAUUUGCCUAGAUACAACCUUAUAGUAAAGGGUACCGGUAGAAACGGGAUUUUUGGUGAAAAUCCUCUAAGAUUUAGUAUGAUUGCUUUAUUUGUCAGAUUUUAAUGAGGAUUUUAGCGUUUUUUAGGUUUA